AAGUGUGCAACUGAAAAUUUUUGUGUAGUUUUCCGUAUUUCGUAAUCAAGUGCAAAGGAAUGCUGCUUGAUGACGCGAGAUUUCAUUAUAAACGAAACGCGCAGAAAUUUUCGUGCGCACUGCGUGAUCUCCUCUUGUCAUCUCUGCCUGUCAAUCAACCUGUCAAAUUCACACCUCUUAUCGAAACAACACAUCUCACAACAAGUGUGCGAUUUUGGGUGAUUUUGCAUAUGUUCACAGCUAAAAACAAGUGGGGACAAUCAUAGAUGAAUUGGUCAAAGCACAAAAUCUAGCCACUUAAAACUAUGUAUAAAUAGAGCAAAAUUCAUAGCCAUAGACAUAAUAGACUCGACUUCGUCCAGUUACCAAUCGGUGGGUGUUGAGAUUUAACAAGACGCCAGUACCCUUUGUACGAGCAUCAACAAUGAAGGGUAAGUUAGCAAUUAUUUUAAUAAUAAGCAUGUUUUGCGCCUAGAAAAAAAGUUUUCUAAAAGUUUGUUGUCACUGCAGUUAACUCAGAGAUAAUGUAUGAAAAUCUGUGAACUUGCGUUCCAAAUUCUCCCUACUCCAAUAAUUAGUUACAAUUCAAGGCGAGUGUGAUUAAAUUUCAUAUUAUCUGAGGUACUAAUAUCGAUGGAGUAGUUGUCAAAUAAUCAUAUUAAUGUUGAUAGUUAAUUGACGCAAACAAUGUUAUUAACUGAUUAUCGCUGUCCUACUUUUAAAGCAUAUCUGUGUUUCGCCCUUGUCAUUGCCGUGGCCAGCGGCUACUCCAUGUUUGAUGGACAAUCCAUUACUUUGACGACAAAUGCUUGCCCGCCGUGCGACUGCACCACAACUACCACGACCACCACAACCACGACUACUACUACCACCACCACCACCACCACUACUACUACUCCACCAACCACCAUUAAGCCCGGAGAGUACUGCGCCAACCCCUGCGUCACCAGCAGGUGCAGCCCUGCCGGCACCUUCGACAGCUCCAUCCAACUGCCCUACCCCGGCGACUGCUCCCGAUUCUGCAAGUGCGACGUCAAUACCCAAGCUAGAGCUUUCGACUGCAGCCCCGGACUCCACUUCAACGCCGAACUGCAGGUGUGCGACUGGCCCACCGCAUCCAAGUGCUCCGUCCAGAGCACCUACAUGGGAGGUUGCGAAGCCCUCAUGAAUUAAAUUAUGAAUUAUUAACCAUAAAAAUUCUGAACCUCUUGAAGGUACAAGAAUUAUAAUGUCAUGACAACAUAAUUUUAAAUAUUAUUCAAAAUUUUUGUUACGGGUAUAUUUAUUGGCGAAUAAAAUGAAAUUUUAG